AUGAGUGACCUCCAAGAGAAAAACCCUUCAAAGGCUGUGGAGAAACAGUCUUCUUCGUCGGAUGUAGAUGGGCCAUCGCCGUUGAGAAAGAUGAUAUCAGUGGCUUCAAUCGCUGCUGGUAUACAAUUCGGUUGGGCUCUUCAGCUGUCUCUGCUAACUCCGUACGUGCAACUUCUCGGAGUUCCACACAAAUGGUCAUCUUUUAUUUGGCUUUGUGGUCCUGUCUCCGGCCUCCUUGUCCAACCAACUGUUGGUUACUAUAGUGAUCGAUGCCGGUCAAGGUUCGGUCGUCGCCGUCCUUUCAUCGCCACCGGUGCCUUUCUUGUUGCCAUUGCUGUUUUCUUAAUCGGAUACGCUGCUGAUAUUGGCCACAUCUUGGGAGACAAACUCGACGACCAUGUAAAGGGCAAAGCCGUUGUUAUCUUCGCUCUUGGAUUCUGGAUCCUUGACGUGGCUAACAACACUCUCCAAGGACCCUGCCGAGCUUUCCUCGGGGAUUUGGCAGCCGGAGACGCUAGGAAAACGCGUACCGCAAACGCAGCUUUCUCGUUUUUCAUGGCCGUUGGAAACGUUUUGGGAUACGCAGCUGGAUCGUACACUCACCUCCACAAGAUAUUUCCUUUCACAAUCACUAAAGCAUGUGACCUCUAUUGCGCAAAUCUAAAGAGUUGUUUCUUCCUCUCCAUCACUCUCCUCCUCGUCUUCACCAUCAUAUCUCUUUGGUACGUGGAAGAAAAACAAUGGUCACCAAAUGAAGACUCUGAAGAAGGAAAGAAAACUCCCUUCUUCGGCGAGAUCUUUGGAGCCUUCAAGGUGAUGAAACGUCCAAUGUGGAUGCUACUCAUCGUCACGUCUUUGAACUGGAUCGCUUGGUUCCCUUUUCUUUUAUUCGAUACUGACUGGAUGGGUCGUGAAAUUUACGGUGGAAGCUCAGAAGGAGAUGACAAGAUGAAGAAACUUUACAACCAAGGAGUCCACGUUGGUGCAUUGGGAUUGAUGCUUAACUCAAUCGUUCUUGGGUUCUUUUCGCUUGGUAUUGAAGGUACCAGUAGGAAAAUUGGAGCUAAAAGACUUUGGGGAGCUGUGAAUAUCAUCCUUGCCGUGUGUUUGGCAAUGACGGUUUUGGUUACUAAAAAGGCUGAGGAACACCGCAGAAACGUUGGUGCAAUGGCACUUCCCACUGAUGACAUCAAAGCUGGAGCAUUGACGCUCUUUGCCCUCCUUGGAAUUCCUCUAGCCAUUACUUUCAGUAUUCCAUUUGCACUGGCUUCCAUAAUUUCAAGUAGCACCGGCGCGGGCCAAGGACUCUCUCUAGGAGUUUUAAAUAUGGCAAUCGUGAUUCCACAAAUGAUUGUAUCGUUUGGAGUUGGUCCUAUUGAUGCAUUGUUUGGAGGUGGAAAUUUACCAGGAUUUGUGGUCGGAGCAAUUGCAGCUGCUAUUAGCAGUGUUGUAGCAUUUACCGUUUUACCUUAA